CAGGUUUCAGCACUGAGUUGUCUUCUGUCCAUUCAGCAUAUUCCAGUCCAACAGAACCACAACAACCAGCUGUCUGUUCACAGAGGACUGGUCCAACUGUGGACACUGUCCCAGGAAUGUCCAUCCUAUCCUGUCCAUCGUCUCGGUCCAGCUUCUACAGCGUGCUGCUGAGCUCUGGAGCUCUGUGUCUGCCUGGAACCAGAGACAGAAGUGGACGAGCUCUUCUCACCGUCUCAACCAGCAGCUCCAUGUGGUCGAACCCUGAUUGUGAGCGGGCGGACCUGCUCCGCCUCCUUCUCUAUUACACCUCCACCCUCAGGAAGGAGGUGCGAGCGCUGGGUCUGACGGUGCUCGUGGACGCCCGCAGAGCAGCUCCUGUCCCCGCCCUCUUCUCUGCCCUCAGGUCCCUGCAGGAGAGCACACCGGGCUCCAUCCACAGCGUGUUACUGCUGGUCAGCAGAGACUCCUCCUUGGUGCGUCUGGACAGAUCCGUGAUCACACAGGUGGAGGUGUUGCAUUCUCUGAAGUCUGUUCAGAAACACGUGGACCUCCAGCAGCUUCCUGCAGAGUUCGGAGGCUCCUUCAGCUUCAGUCAGAGCAGCUGGCUCUGCUUCAGAUCGAGAGUGGAGCAGCUGACCAAUCAGUGUGAGGACGUCAUCAAGCUGCUGCAGAAAACCAUCAAUAUCCUGCAGAACACACCUCUACCUGCUGCUGCUCAGGAUGCCGAGGUGCUGCUGUCCCGCUACAAAGCGGUGAUACGUAGUGUCCUUGAAGAUGGUCGAUUGGUCCGGUUACAGCAGGAGGGCGGGGCCUCUCUGUCGCGGCUCCGCAGAGAGGAGAGCGUUAUCAGCGCGACAGAUGAUUACAGGGCGGAGCUGGAGACCGUGUCAUCUCUGUACGAUCAGGUGGACGAGCUGCUUCACCGCCUCGUCACGCUGUCCAACUCCAGGACGCAGCAGCUGAGCUUCAUCCUGGACUUCAGGAGUCUGGAGCAGGGCUUCACCGAGGUGAGCUCCUGGCUGCAGGACGAAGGAGAACCUUGUCUGAAGAAUCUGAAUGAACCUGAAGAUUCUCUCGAGCUGCUCAAGAAGAAACAGACGGACUUCAAGAACCUCUACACAACAGCUCAUGGUUUCUGUAAACGGGGCGAGGCGUUGUUGAGUCGUCUGGAUCACUGGGGCAACAUGUCGUCAGUGGACCUCCACAUUUACGAGGUCAAAAUUCACUCCUUCUGGGCUCAGCUUCAGGAUUUCUCUCAGCGGAUCAACGCCACUGAACAGAACAUCGAGCGGACCGUCCGACUCUUCAGCUUCUUAGACCAGGUACGGCUGAUAAUGUCCCACUGCAGAGCGACCUCGUCAAUGGCCUCAUCACUAACGGUGUCUGCAGCAGGAA